UGAAACCCAUAUAUAUGAAAGCCAAAGCACCAAAUUUAACCAAAAAAAUAAAUAAAUAAAGAGAAAAAUGGAUGGGAUUAUGCAGAUGGGCCUUCCAGUUCUGGGAAUUGUAGCAGCUGCAGCUGUAACAUUCUAUGCAGUAAGCUUUAAUGAGAUUAGAGAGAAAUCUUUUAGAGAUUUGGAAGAUGAAGAAGAUGAAAAUGGAGGGUUCAAAACAUCUCUGAGCUCUAGGAAAAGGAGGGCCAGAAAGAAAGCUGAUAAACAAGCUAAAAAUUGACCAACUGGAAGCACUUUUUUUUUUUUGUAAAGGUGCUUUUUGGUUUUCACUUGCUUUCUUGCAUAUCUUAGACUGUGUUAGCAAAAUGCCUUUGCUUUUGCUUUUGUUGAAAAUUUAUAAUAUUACAGAGUUUGACAUCACAAAAGUACUUCUUUUUAUAGUUUCAG